AUGUCAGAUAGUGAAGAAGAUUUAGGAAUUACUUUAAAAGGUCUAAAGAUUGGUAAGAAGGUGCGUAAUAACAGUACUGUUGAAUCUGGUGAAAAACUUGAUAAUCCGGUUGAUAAUACUCAAAGUUUUGAUGACUGUCGAUAUGAUAAUGAUCCAGCGUUUAACAUAGGGAAUGAUCAUAUCGAAAAUGAAUUAUCCGUAGGGCUUGAUUCUAAUCCAUUUUUAGAGUUGUUUGUUGAUACUGGGGAGGUAAGAAUUAAUGAUAGUAAUGAUAAUAAUGAGAAUGGGAAGAUUCAAUCGGAACUUUCAAAUGUUCCAUCGAGGGUAAGUGUAAACUCGGAUGUUUCCGUGAUUGUCUCUAAUAAUGCUUUAGACCAUGAUGAAUUUGGGUCUGACGAAAAUAAUUCUGAUAGUUCCGAUGAAUGGCAAACAAUGCCAACAGUUGCCUCACAUAAUAUUUAUAACAAUAAAGGCGAACUAGAAGUUAAACCAUACAAGAUACAUAGUUCCAAUUCACUGUCACAGUCACAACAAAAUCUAUCACAAACUCAGAGUAACGAUAAUCUAAACACAAAUGAAAGCAAGAAAGGAAAUGUUUUUGGUUAUACGAAAGUUGGUACAGAAGAUCAAGUUCAAAGAAGCUAUUUAAACAAUAAAAAAACUGAUUUUUUAUUUAGUCAUAAAAAACUGCUAAAUUCAAAUCAUUCCAAAUUAUCUAUUGAGUCACCUAAUAAAGUUGAUGUUCAUUCGAAGUUCUAUGAUGAGUAUGAAUAUGAGACUGAAGAAUUAAUUGAUGUUGAUACUAAUAAGCAGCUAAAUAUUACGAAAAAUCUGUUGUCUGGUAAUGAAAAAAUUGCAUAUGCUGGUGCAAUCAACGUUUUGACAAAUGAAAUGUGUGAGGAACUGGCUCAUUUAUCUUUAUGUGUUGACAUAAAAUCGCAUAAAAAACUUGCACAGAGACUUCAAUAUACUCAAAAAGCAAUGGCUGCGUGGAAAGUUGAUGUAACUUCACGUCUUUAUAAACAUUUAGAAAUUACUGAUGUUGAAGUAAAAAUGGUUGAAAAACUAUCAUUACAUGGUAUCAUAUUGGAAGACUUAGUGAAAUGUCUAAAGACAACAACUACGAUAGAAAAUCCAUUCACGGACGAUGCCGUGAUUUCAGACGAUGAUAAUGAACUAGAAAAAGAAGGUAAAGUUACCGAAGUAGAUACUAAUGAUUUAAAUUCAGAUUUUAAGAAUGAUGAUGGCAACAAAGAGGAUGUUACUAACGAUAUGAAUGAUAUCACAAUAACAGAAUCUGCAGAUAUAAAGAAUACUUCAAAUAACUCAAAAGAAAGCAUAAAUCCAUCACCUCCACGCGAAAUUAUUGAUGCUGAAAACAUAAAGGACAGAGAGCUUAAUGUUGAUGUUGCUUGGACUAUUAUCUGUGAUCUUUUCUUGUUACAAUUGCAAAAUUCAGCUUAUGAUUCAAGAGCAAGAACGUUAUUGAUCAAGUUUGCUAAAGCAUUGAAUAUUACAAAAAUGGAAAUUGACGAGUUUGAAAAGCGCAUUACAGACUCACUUGAUCUAGAACAAUCAACUGAAGAUCAAGUUUGGAAUGAACACAUGCAUGCUACUCGUAGACGUAAGAAAAAUAAGAAGAAAAAAUUGGCAUAUGUGGGGUUAGCGAUGGUUGGCGGUUCGCUAGUGUUAGGGUUAAGUGGAGGUUUAUUAGCCCCAGUUAUCGGUGCUGGUAUAGCAGCUGGUCUGUCAACAAUGGGUGUUACUGGUGCUACUGGGUUCUUAACUGGUAUUGGUGGUACAGCUACUGUAGCUGUAACGAGUACUGCAAUUGGUGCCAAGAUCGGUGCUCAAGGUAUGUCGAAAAGAAUGGGCAGUGUCAGGACAUUCGAGUUCAGACCCUUACAUAAUAAUCGUAGGUUGAAUCUAAUUUUAAGUGUAAGUGGUUGGAUGAUUGGUAAUGUAGAUGAUGUUCGAUUACCAUUUUCUACUGUCGAUCCAAUUGAAGGUGAUCUAUAUUCUUUAUACUGGGAACCUGAGAUGUUAAGAUCUGUUGGUCAAACAAUCAAUAUUUUGGCAAGUGAGGUAUUUACACAAACUAUACAACAAGUUUUAGGUGCGACGAUUUUAACUGCAUUCAUGGCCUCUAUCCAAGUCCCUAUGGCUCUAUCGAAAUUAGGUUAUCUAAUCGAUAACCCUUGGAAUGUUUCACUGGAUAGAGCAUGGGCAGCUGGUUUAAUUCUAGCAGAUACAUUAGUUGCUAGAAAUUUAGGUGAUCGUCCUAUGACUUUGGUUGGGUUCUCCUUAGGCUCAAGAGUUAUUUUUUCAUGUCUAGUCGAAUUGUGUAAAAGAAAAGCAAUGGGAAUCGUUGAGAACGUAAUUAUAUUUGGUACUCCAACAGUUAAAAAUAAGGAACAUUUAGUCAUGGCACGUUCUGUUGUUAGUGGGAGAUUUAUAAAUGGUUACUCAAACAUCGAUUGGGUUUUAGCUUAUCUAUUUCGUGCUACUUCUGGUGGAUUUAGAUCAAUUAUGGGUAUUAGUAAAAUUGAAGGAAUUGAAGGCAUAGAAAAUUUUGAUUGCUCUAAAAUUGUCGAAGGUCAUUUGAAAUAUCGUGAAAAUAUACCAAAACUGCUGAAAGCCUUAAAUAUUCCUGUAACAAGUGAUGAAUUUGCUGAAAUCGAAGAAACGAUGGAUCCAGAAGAGGUGAGCAGACAAAGACAACUAAUGAAUGAUGUCAAUGUUGCGCAGCAGAAACUUGCUGCUGAUAAGAAAAACAAUGGCUGGUUAUCAGGCUGGAUGAAACCAAAAAAAUCCAAGUGGCAAACAAUGGUUGAACAAUCAGUCGAAGAAGGAAGGUCUAAUACAUCAGCUUUGGCUUCUGGAAGUACCGGAUCGAAGAGAAAAGAUAAUUCAUUAGUUGAUCAUGGUGCUUUGAUGCAAGAAUUGGCUAACAUUCGUUCUGCAAUGAAUAAAAAAAAUAGUAAAGACGGCAAACCUUUGAGCGAACCAAUUGAUUUAAUGGAGCUAACUAAACCAGAUUCACAAGUUUAUAGAAAACCGCCUGAGAAUCCUAAUAAUUUUUCUUUACUAAGUGCUGGACGUCCUGUAUUGCCUAAAGAUGAGGAGAUGAAUAGUAAUGGAAGAAACAUUUCAUUUUCAUUUCCUGAUGAUAUAUAA